UUACUUCGUCGUUUACUGUGGCUCGAGGGGCAAUCGUUUAGCUAACCCAAUCCAGAAUAAUCUUAAACCAACCGACACCGGUAUCGGCCGUUUUGUUCAUCCGUCCGGCGAACGCCCGCGUCCUCUCGCCUAUUUUAAAAUGAGUGUAGGCGGUGAUAUCGAACGGGGAUUUUCCCGAGGUUCGUCCCGCAGACGCGAACACCCGUCCGCAGGCGUAACGUGGGUGACAUGAAGCGUGCUGAAAAAGGGAAAAAAAAGGUACACAUUGGUACACACGCGGCCGACACCGCCGAAGACGCCGAGAAGCCUCCUCGUGCUUAGCACCCACACAUACACACACACACACACACACACACACACACACACACACACACACACACACACACACACUUGUCGUCCACUCGUCCCUCUAUUGGCUUCGUUCGGCGAACGCCAUAUUAUUACGAGCCGGACGAGCAGAAUAGCGGAUGAGCUCCGAUGAGCUCCUCGUCUCUCAAGCGGAGCGGAUUCGCGAGCGUAACGGGACUCGCGCCAGGAAGUGACGGUGGAGAGUAAAGAAUUCCUCUCCCCUCCCCCCUUCGACCUGUCAUCGUUCGUUGUCGCAGCGACGGACACGCUGCCAAGGUGACAUCCUGGCCUCCCGGGGAGAAGGAGCGGUUAGGCCUCGAGGUGUACGUGCCGUGAUACGUUUAAUUCCGCGCGAGCACGCGUCAUAAUGCCGAAUGCGGGGACGACGGAGAGUUCGAGCUUACGGAAGAAUCGUCGUUUAACGUGAGGAAGUUGCGAUAGAGGUGGAGGUAAGGUACAGGGCGAGAAAGAGAAGGAGCGCGCGCGCGAGAAAGAGAGAGAGAAAGAGAGACAGAAGUAUGACGAUUACGUAGAGGUGUCAGGUCAGAAAGGUACGAUCAGCAAUGUCGAGCCGCGAGCUCGCGCCAGGAAGGCGCGGGAGCGCGCGUGGCGGCGCGCCGCGACGCCUAUAACGCGGAUGUCGCGUGCGUGAUGAACGUCGUCGUCGUCGUCGUCGUCGGGUCGAGUGCGUACGGCUGCUCCUCUGCUGCUGCUGCUGUUGCUGCACAACCUCUCAGAUGCCGAUGACCAUGGCGCAGGAGGGCGACAAGUAUCCGCUUCACAGAUGCAUCUUUCAGGGGGAUGUGAAGGCGCUGAACCUCCUGAUCAAGAAGCACGACAUUGCCGGGAAGGAUAAGCAAGGGAAUACACCUUUGCAUUUAGCUGUGAUGUUAGGAAGAAAAGCAUGUGUUCAAUUACUGCUUGCACAUGGAGCACCUGUAAAGGUGAAGAAUUUAGCUGGUUGGAGUCCAUUGGCAGAAGCAGUCAGUUAUGGAGAUAGAUCAACCAUAUCAGCUUUAGUACGUAAAUUAAAGGAACAAGCGAGAGAGCAGAUGGAAGAAAGGAGGCCGAAUUUAGUUGCUGCGUUGCAUCAAAUGGGCGAUUUUUAUAUGGAAUUAAAAUGGGAUUUUCAAAGUUGGGUACCAUUAGUUUCGAGAGUGUUGCCGUCGGAUAUAUGUAAGAUCCACAAAAGUGGAGCUUCGAUUAGGAUGGAUACGACUCUUGUAGAUUUUAAUGAUAUGAGGUGGGAGAGGGGUGACAUAUCUUUCAUUUUCAAUGGUGAUCAAAAGCCUAGCCAUUCAUUGACUGUCCUCGACAAUAAAGCCAAACUUUUCCAAAGAGUGAGAUAUGAGGAAACAGAGCUGGAGAUAGAGGAUGAAGUUGAUAUUCUUAUGUCUAGUGAUAUUAUGGCAGCACAAAUGUCUACUAAAAGUAUCACAUUUUCUAGAGCACAAACAGGAUGGAUUUUUAGAGAGGACAAAAGGGAAAUGGUGGGCGCUUUUCAUGCUGACUUUUAUCAAAUUAAUGGCAUGGUACUGGAAAGUAGAAAACGUCGUGAGCAUUUAAGCGAGGAGGAUCUUCAAAAAAAUAAAGCUAUUAUGGAAUCUCUUAUUAAAGGCAGCUCUCAAGGAUUUAAAAAUGGCGAGACACCUAUGAGAAGAGCAUCGUUGAAUCCUCCUCCAGAAUCGAAUAUAACAUGGGACGAAUACAUUGUUGCGCCACCUGGUCAGUGUCCACUUCUAGGAAGAAAUCUUGUCUACAAGGAAAGUAGUAAAUCUUUUAAAGCCACUGUGGCGAUGAGUCCAGAUUUUCCUCUCACCGUCGAUAUGCUACUCAAUGUUCUGGAAGUGAUCACGCCGUUCAAGCAUCUAAGCAAGCUGCGCCAAUUCGUACUUAUGAAGUUGCCUCCUGGAUUCCCAGUUAAGAUCGACAUACCGAUUCUGCCUACAGUCACUGCUAAAAUAACUUUUCAAGAGUUUGCCUUCCGAAACGACAUAGAUCCAGAAUUGUUCCAAGUGCCAUCCGACUACUUUGAAGACCCAAUGAGAUUUCCAGACUUAUGACGCUUCGGCAUCUUAAUAUUAAUCAAGAUCCAGCCUAGUUGGGGUCUUUUUUCUUCUAUGCUAGGGGACAAUCUGGUUUUUGUGAUUUCAGCCAGUCUGGAAAGCAUCUGUGCGAGCUGUUACGUUGUUCAUUGAAUAACUUGUCAUAAUUUGAUCACAUCUAACACAGCGAAUAGUGUCGAAUAUUUACGAUGGAAUGUUCGAUAAUGAAAUAAAACUAUAAGAAAUAAAUUUGCACUAAAAUGAGAGAGAGAGAGAGAGAGAGAGAGAGAGAGAGAGAGGGGGGGGGGGGGAAGAGAGAGCGAAAGAGAGAAACUCUCAUACAAUUUAAUACCUAACUCAAUCACAUUUACUACUUGAUUUGCGAAGCAUGUUAAUGUUUAUAGAAAUAAAGAUCAAUCGUACUGUUGUGCUGCACUCGAAAAAGUAUGUACGUACGAUGAGUGAUAUAAUCCGAUAUUUCAAAACAUCACAGAAUUCCCAUCUUUUGACUCUGUGUUUGAGAAUUCAUGAUUUUUCAAAAAGUCUUUCUUAAACCCAUGUGAGAUCAUGCGUUAGGAAUUAAGAACCGCAAACUAGAGAUUGGACUCAAUCGAAAUAAAGCGAACUAAAGAUUAAAGUCAUCUGGUGAAAAUAUUAAUCUCUAAUUCGCAAUUCUUAAUUUUUAGCGCUUGAUCUGACCAACGGUCUUUACGAUUCUCGGCCUGUUAUUGCUAGCAUGUAGGAUUAUUGGAUUAGGAAAACUGUCGUAUGCAUUUUAUUUCUGCAAUGUAUACAAAUUCUUCCUGACAGUGACAGCUAAAAGAAAAAAAUAACUUUGAUAAACCAUAAAUAUGUUUUUGUUAUGAUUUUUCAUUACAUCUUAUCCAACGUGAUUGCAGUGAUGGGCCGAAGGGCUUAAUAAUCAAUCAGAGUAGACUAGAUAAUGAAUAUUGCUAUAUUUGUAUUCUACACUUUUCGCGAAUUAUCAUAACUAUCUACUCUAAUCGGCGAAGAUAACUUCAUACUUCAUUUCUUCGCUAUUCUCUCGAGCAAUAUGUAUUUUUACUAUCAAAAUUUCAUAUAUAUUAUAGCAUCCAAUUGGUCGUAAAACAAUAUUAGUCUAAAGUAUAUUUUAUUUUUCAGUAUUACCUGUUUAUAAUUAUGUAGUUUAUAUUAUAUUGAAUUGUAACAUUUCUGUUUUUAGUACAAACACUGUUUUUAAUGGAGUCGGCUUUUUAACCUUGCAUGAAUCAAUACAUAAAAUCAUCUUUAAAUAUAACGAUUCGUACUCAUACUGCAUUCAGUACUAAUUGUCGUUUUACAUCAUUCUAAAUGUUACAACUGUGAGAAAUAUCUGAAUUAUAUCUGCAGAUUUCAAUUUUUUGGAGUUGAUUAGACUUUUUAAGUGAAAAUUUGAUCAUAUGGCAUUCUUAGCCUUUUAAUAUUUUUUAUAUUUUGAUACUGAAGUGUUAUAUAAGUACUAAAGAAAUAAAUAAUUUAAGUUCACACAAAUUAUAUGAAAAUAGGAGUUUGAUAUCUGUUUGUAUCCAUGAAACUUAAAAUUCACGAAAAAUGGCUCGAUAAAGAGAAGUAUUUCCAUAUCUGCAUUUACAAAGUAAAUCUCUCUGCGCCUUAUAAUAGAAUAAGGUUCACGUUUAAUUCCAUAUUCAACGUCGUUUCAAACUUUAUACAUGCAGGUUUUUCAGCAUUUUAUAUACACCUAAGGUCAUUAAUAUCCUAAAACCAGCGAUCGGAUUUAGACGCAACUUUUGAUCUGAUUUUCGCUUACUGUACUCUGCUUACCGCUCGUGUCCUGAUGACGUUGGACACGUUUAAAGUUAAGCUAACUUGUAUAAAAAAUUGUGCAAUUAUAAAAUUGUUAUAAUCAUGACUUUUGUUACGAUUACUCUCUCAAUGCGGAGCAUUGAGCUUUAAUUGUGUACGAUCGGUAGCUUGUUGUUUUACUGGAGCGAUCAAAAUGAGGGGCAUCCGACCACUACCUUAAGACAUGUAUUUAAGGAGUGCACUUACAUUUUCUAUAUAUUUCACUGAACAGACACCUUAAUUCAUACAUUUAAAGCAUCGAUGACCCCGGAUGCAUAUUGCGUUAUGAUUAAUGUCGUUACGCGAAGAAUGCGCAAGUAUGAGUGCGAGUUGAUUUUCCUCGCUACCGAAUGACUCGAAUAAUCACAAUGAGACCUAGCCCGAUGAUGUUUUUUUGUGAUGUUAUGGAUUUUUCAGUGAAUAGACACUGAUUUUGAAAUAAAUAAGAGUGGAAUUUUUUGCCUGUUAUUCAAUUGUACAAAUUCUGUUGUUUUAUUUGUUAAUUAUUAAUAUACAUUAUAUAUUAAUAUAGAUUUGCAAUUAGGUUUUGGUUGUAUAUAUGAAAUAAAAAAACGUAAAAUAUCAA